UCUGCUGUCACGUGACGCAACCCGGAACUUGGUGAUGUCGCAGGACAACAAAGAUGGCAGGAAUAGGAGGCAGCAACUACUGGGAAGAUCUGCGAAAGCAGGCCAGACAGUUGGAGAAUGAACUCGACCUGAAGUUGGUCUCCUUCAGUAAACUGUGCACCAGCUACAGCAGCUCCAGGGAUGGACGUCGAGGAGGAGACACGUCAGACACCACCCCGCUGCUAAACAACUCCACCCAAGACAGGAUGUUUGACACCAUGUCAGUGGAGAUUGAACAGCUGCUGGCCAAGCUGACUGCAGUGAAUGACAAGAUGGCGGAAUACACCAACGCCCCGAGUACCGCUUCUCUCAAUGCUGCGCUCAUGCACACGCUCCAGAGACACAGAGAUAUCCUACAGGAUUACACACAUGAAUUCCACAAGACCAAAGGCAACUUCUUGGCCAUCCGAGAAAGGGAAGACCUGCUGGGGUCCGUCAGGAAAGACAUUGAGACAUACAAGAGUGGUUCUGGGGUCAACAACAGAAGAACAGAGCUGUUUCUAAAGGAGCACGAGCAUCUGAGAAACUCGGACCGACUGAUGGAUGACACAAUAAGCAUUGCCAUGGCGACCAAGGAGAAUAUGACCUCCCAAAGGGGCAUGCUGAAAUCCAUACAGAGCCGGGUCAACACACUGGCCAGUAUCCUUUGUGUUGCUCGUGUGCAUGGUUGUGUGUGUAGGAGGGGGCAAAAAGAAGAACACACAGUAUAUUGGAAGCUGAAGGGUUCCUGACCGUUUCCCAACCAUCAACAAUCUCAUCCAGCGAAUCAACCUGCGGAAGAGAAGGGACUCUCUCAUCCUUGGCUCAGUGAUCGGCGUCUGCACCAUUCUCCUCCUGCUCUACGCUUUUCACUGAAAGCAGAUCCUGGUGACAUCUUUAAAGGAGCAGGAUUGAUCUGCUCUUUGUAACAUGGGAACCCCAGGAGACUGAGCUCAAUGAUUGGAGGACCCUGGAGGCUCCUGAGCAGAAGGACAUUCAGUUGGUCCGGUUCCUGGACAGGAACAGAUUUGGCCAACACGAACUACUGAACUUGUAUUUAGCAGUGGGACAGAUGGAGGGCUGCCAACAAGUGAAUGGAGACCAAAAGUACAAAUAAGACUAGAUUUUAAUCAAUUAUAUUGAUAACUCACUUGGAGAGAAACAGGGAAGUGUGAAGAGACUGAGAGAAUGAAAGAUGAUAAUUCUUUUCCACAGGUUGAAGGAUUUUUAGUUGAAUGGUCCUUUUUAAUUGAUGAAGUGGGAUGCAUAGUUCAUUGUGGGCUGUAAAAUGUGAAUUAAUAAAUUAUUCAUAUCGGUAUGUGUAAAAAAGUGUGUGACACUACUAGAUACUGAACACUCAAACAUUUUAUUUUUCAAAAUAUAUGAUGGGAACUGAAAA